AUGUCCAUCCCCCAGACCAUGAAGGCCGUCCAGGUCGAGAAGCUCGGCGGCCCCGAGGUCCUCGAGUUCAAGCCCGACCACCCGGUCCCCACCCCCAAGGAGGGCCAAUUGCUCGUAAAGAACAACAUCUCUGGCAUUAACUACAUUGACACCUACUUCCGUACCGGUCUGUAUGCCUCUGCAAAGCCUGAGAUCCUGGGCCGCGAAGGCGCCGGUACUGUCGCCGCGCUGGGCGCCGGUCCCAACCCCUACAACUUCCAGGUCGGCGAUCGUGUCGCCUGGCUCAGCACCGGCGGCUAUGCUGAGUACACUGCUGUUCCCAUGGCCAAGACAGUCAAGAUUCCUGAGGGGAUCACGGACGAGGACCUGAUGGCUUCAUUCCUGAGUGGAUUGACGGUCAUCACCCUGGCCAAGGAGACGUAUGCCGUGCAGAAGGAUGAAUGGGUGCUGUUGCAUGCUGCAGCUGGUGGGGCUGGUACCCUCAUGACGCAGGUGCUCAAGUCCAUUGGCGCAAAAGUGAUCGGUACGGCUGGUGGGCCGGAGAAGUGCGAGCUGGCGAGGAGUCUCGGUGCCGAUGUGGUGAUUGACUACCGCAGUGAAGAGGGCAAGGACUGGGUGAAGAAAGUCAAGGAGAUCACUGAUGGUCGGGGAGUGGAUGUUGUCUUUGACUCGGUCGGCCAGGAUACCUGGGAGGGAAGCUUGGAGUGCGUUAAGCGCAAGGGUACCAUUGUCUGGUUUGGCAAUGCCAGUGGCCCGGUGCCUCCUUUGCCUCUGCAGAAGCUCGCCCCUAAGUGUGUCAAGGUGGCCCGGCCUCAGCUCUUUGGCUACAUUGAGACGCGCGAAGAGUUCGAGUACUACGUCAAUGAGCUAUUCUCGCUUCUUCUGUCGAACAAGCUUAAGGCCAAGAUCCAUAAGGUCUAUCCUUUGGAGGAGGUGGCCCAGGCUCACACGGAUCUGGAAAGUAGAAAGACCACCGGCAAGUCGCUUCUGAAGCCCUGA